CUAACUUCAUUCGGUCUUCAAUGCAAAUUACAAUUCAAGUCAAGCAAGUUUAAUUUUCAUUUUCAAAUUUUCAAAAUUUCAUCAAGUCAGAAUAACCAUGUCGGAUUCAUUCGAUUCGUUUUCGUCGGGCUUAGAGAACAAAAGCGGAGAUAAGGAAUUGCAGGAAUUUCUGAUGGUAGAAAAACAAAAGGCACAAUUCAACGCACAAAUUCACGAAUUCAACGAUUUCUGUUGGGACAAAUGCGUGGAUAAGCCCUCCAACAAAUUGGACAGUAAAACGGAGACGUGCUUGACUAAUUGCGUGGACCGAUUUAUAGAUGUAUCAUUAUUAAUUACGAACAGGUUUUCGCAGUUAUUGCAAAAGAGCGGUGGCAUGUAAAUAGUAAAAGCCGUUUUUAUUAGUAAAAUGAGUGGGUAACUUUGCUCGAAAUGAGUUGUGUUUUUUAUAGGUUAUGUUCAAUCUCAAAUAAAUUUAUUGAUUGAUUAUAACAUGUGUAAUGCUGGUUUGUUUAAUUGAAUAGUGUAUUUGUAAUUUACUCUUCUAAUUUGAGUAUUUGUUUAUUAAAAUAUAUGGUAAAAAAAAGUAAAUUAAAUUUCUUCUGUUUUUUGUGUAUGAAAAUGGAAACAUUUGACUAG